AUGAGACGACAAGAAGAAGGUGGGACACCCACUUGGAGGAACGGGGGUUGGAACAGAAGGAGCAAAGUUCUAUGGAGCACUGGAGUGAGGUUACCGUUGUCGGCUGGAGAGAGAGAAAAAGCGGGCCUAACGUUUUUAGUGUCCAUGAACUCCCCCAUUCUCCUGGGUCCAGGGUACAUGGCCGACAAGAGCAUUGGCAGGUGGGACCGGUCUAAACUGCUUGGGGCAACUCAGUGGACUCGGCGGCGGUGGGCACUGGGCAGUGCGAAGAAGGGCCACGAGCACCAGCGACGAGGUCUCCGUCGGAAGGGCCAGCCACGGCUACACGCGAGAGUCGCGGGUGGGACAAGAGAAAAGAGCAUGAUGUAUCCCUGUGCCAGUCACGGCGGUCCAACAAUCUGGGCUGAGCGCGCUGAGGACUCGCUCGAGUGGUCUGUUGGCAGUGCUGGGUACAAAGCUUCGUACUGCUGCUGA